UACUUUUAAAAUAAAGCCUAAUGGAUACAUCUUCCCAUCUCUACCUCCUUAUAACAUCAUUCUUACUACUUCAAUGGUUGAUUGUUUAUAGCUCAGCCAACUCAGAUAUAAACAUCGAUCGUUCUUCCCUUGUUGCUUUCAAAUCUCAAAUCUCUUUUGAUCCCCAUAAUAUAUUAGCCAAAAAUUGGAGUAGUGAGAGCAGUAUUUGUAGUUGGAUGGGAGUUACUUGUGAUUCUCACUAUCAAAGGGUGACUCAGUUGAAUAUAUCAUCCAUGGGUCUUGCAGGAACCAUUUCUCCAGAAAUCGGAAAUCUUUCUUUUCUUGUUUCUUUAGAUAUUAGCAAUAACUCUUUUCAUGGUUCUAUUCCCCAUUCUAUUUUCAACAUGUCAUUUUUACAAGUUUUGAAUUUAAGGAUUAAUAGUUUAUCUAGUAGCCUACCAAAUGAUAUGUGCAAACACAAUCUCCAUAGGCUUAAGAGACUUCGUAUUUCUUACAACGAGUUGUACGGGGAAAUACAAUCGAGUUUGGGGCAGUGUUCAAAGCUUGAGUAUCUUUAUUUGUACAACAACAGAUUUAGUGGACAUGUGCCAACACAAAUUGGAAACUUGACAUUGCUGCAAUUAUUAGAUUUGGGUGCUAACUAUUUAAGUGGUAAUAUUCCAAAAGAGAUCGGUGCUCUUACUAAUUUACAAACUUUGGACAUGAGUACAAACAAAUUUACUGGCCCCGUGCCAAGUGAAAUUGGGAACUUGACAAUUCUUCAAUAUUUGGACCUUGGUCACAACAUGUUAAGUGGUAAUAUUCCAAAAGAGAUAACUCAUCUUACUAACUUACAAGAUUUGAUCAUGAGUUACAACAUGUUGUGGGGAUCAUUGCCAAAGGAAAUUGGGAACAUGACAUCCAUUACCCGCAUAUUUUUUAAACUCUACUAUUUUGUAGCAUUUAAGUAA